GCCGGAUAUGUGGCUUAUGUGUGUGAUUCCCACUACACCAAGGUUAUAAUAGACCACAACACCUAAAAGAUAAGACUUAUUAAAAUACAACUUGCCUUUUUAUCAAAAUGUAAUUUAUAAAAAUAAAAUUGUUCUCACAAUUAUCGAGUUGCAUCAACUAUUAUCAGCUUGAAUGGUUCAACCAGCCAAUUCUAAAAGAAGUACCUUUUUCUAACUUUCUAUGAAUUUUAAUUCAUCCUGAUUGAGAUGGGAGAAAAGAGAGAAAACAUCUUUUGAGAGAUAAGGGAGGAAAAAUCUUUUGGGCAUUACUAUUGGCUUGGUUUGUUUUGUGUUUUUGGAAAGCUGGGCAAUACGAUAACUGGAUUAGGUGCAGAAAUAACCACAUAUGCAACUCUUUAUUAAUGUAAGAAGCUCUGUGAGCUUAUGUUGCAUGGUUUGGGUUUCGAUGAUUCAAACAAAGAGGAGAAGUUCGACCAACAUGUUUUAUUCACAAAAUUCUUGAAGUUUGUUUUUUUUUUGUUUUUGAGGGGCAAUUUUCUUACCAUUUGAUUUAGAUUCCUUUUAAAUACAGAUGUCAAACUGAAUUAGUAAUUAUGACUGCAUUAUCCUUAGGGCAAUCAAGUCAUGUGAAGGUAUAAAUUCAGGAAAUUCACAUAUGGACCCUCCUCCACUAGAGGGAACAUCACAUAUGAUCCUAUAAAAUCUAAGAUGAAAAAAACUAAGCUUAUAGUAGAUAGCUUCUUCAUUACGAUCAUAUGGAAACUAAGUUGAGCUAAACAAAGCUUACAGUAGUUUGAUGCUCUAGAAGAAGCAAAAGUAGCAUUUUGAUAGGAUUCCAAGCUGAGCUAAACUAAGCUGACAGUAGCUUCAUGCAUUAAAGAAAGCAAAAUUUGUACCUAGGUAGCAUCAUCCUAUAGAGACCAAGUUCAGCUAAAGGAAGCUCAACCGAAUCAAGCUAGCACAAUCCUAUAGAGACCAAGUUCAGCUAAAGUAAGCUCAACUGAAUCAAGCUAAUUAAAGCUACAGAAUCCAAAGCCAGAGGUUGAUGAAAUCAAGCACAGCUGGACCUAAUAAAUGCCCAAAAACUAGCUUUUGAACUUCAAUUGCCGAACAAAAGCAGAAGCCCUGUUCCACCAUUGGACAAGGUGAGCCCCUCAUCCCCAACAUUAUGCCACACUCUUCCUUCGGGAGAUCCUCUGUGCCCAAAAUCUCCUUGAUUUCUUUUGUGUGAUAAUACAGAGAUCAUAGGAUUUGGGAUAUAGUGGGAAUAUGAAAAUGAGCUACAGUUGAGAUCUGACAACUCUCUGCUUAUAAAUAUCCACCUCCACUUCUACUCCAGCAUCAGAAAUCAUCUCUCUUCCACUCGCAAAUAUAAUUCUGUUCUCUUGAAAGAAUGUUUCAUUUUACGUUUUGUUCCAAUAGUUUCCUCGUCUUCUCUAUCUCGAGUCUUUUAGAGUUCUAUAGUGCUCUACUUUCCCUGUUUCUUCACGACUGCAAAUCCAUUUGCAAUUUCUUGGAAUAGCAACUCAAAAUCCAUAAUUGACAUUAUUUCUUGGAGGUGAAGAUAAAGCACUUACUUGGAACUGCAGAUUAGGAGACAAAGGUAUGGGCGGCAUGGUGGGCCGAACCCUGGAAACCCCAUCGCCGGCGGCAUUUCCCCAAGAGUUCAGCUCCUCUCCACUGGAUAUCCUCCUCUGCGGGACGAAGAUAAAGCAUGUCCCCGAGAGUGAAGAUAAAGAAUUUCUUGGAGGUGAAGAUAAAGCACUUACUUGGAACUGCAGAUUAGGAGACAAAGGUAUGGUCGGCAUGGUGGACCGAACCCUGGAAACCCCAUUGCCGGCGAAAUUUCCCCGAGAGUUCACCUCCUCUCCAUUGGAUAUCCUCCUCUGCGGGACGACGCCGCUCCGGGCCGCCCGCUCCGCUGCAGCGCUGUCCAUCGGCUCCUCCGUCUACCAUCGCCAGGCGGAGCUCCUCCGUAGGUUCAGCACCCAUUACCACCAUUGCGGCGCGUCCAAGGACGCCGUCGCCUCAGCGGCGGAGACGGGGGAGAAGCGGAAGGUCUACCGGGGGGUGCGGCAGCGGCAAUGGGGGAAGUGGGUGGCGGAGAUCCGGCUGCCGCAGAACCGGACGCGGAUCUGGCUGGGGACCUACUACUCGCCCGAGUCGGCGGCGUACGCGUACGACCGGGCGGCCUACAAGCUCCGCGGGGAGUACGCGCGCCUCAACUUCCCGGCCCUGCAGGACGCCGGCGACUGCCCCGAGCGGCUACGGCCGCUGCAGUCGGCCGUGGACUCCAAGAUCCAGGCCAUCUACCAGCGCCUCGGGCGGCGCCGUGGGGCCAUGCGAGACGCGGCGGUUGGCAAGAAGGAGAAGUCGGCGGAAGAGAAGAACAGGAGGAAGAAGAAGAAGAACAGGGUUUCGUCACCGACGACGUCGUCGUCUUGUGCGCCUGCGUCAUCAGAGAGCUUGGCAGGCGAAAUGGACGGCGAGUGUUCGUUCGCGCUGUUGCCAUCCUACGAUCCAGAACUAAUCUGGGAGGUGCUCGCUAACUAACUAACAUGGACGUCGCUCUCUCUCUCUCUCUCUCUC